CGUACGGAUGUGUCGCCACAACUAGAAAUGGAAUAUCACGCCCGAAGUCCAGGUCUAUCUUCAGACGAUGAAGUAUCGAGAGAACAGAAUUAUGCCAUGUCUACAGCAUCAGAGGAGGAGUACUUUAGAGAUCUUAACAACAAACGAAAACUUCUACAGGCAAAAUGUAUGAACGAAACUGAAUUGCAGGAAUUAAGACUAAAGAUCAACUCUCGAGAAAGACGCCGUAUGCAUGAUCUCAAUUCUGCAUUAGAUGGACUUCGAGAGGUGAUGCCAUAUGCAAAUGGUCCAUCAGUACGGAAGCUUUCGAAAAUCGCAACUUUGUUAUUGGCCAAAAAUUACAUUUUAAUGUUGAACAGCUCUUUGGACGAGAUGAAAAAGUUAGUCAGCGACAUCUACCAAGUUCAUCCUGGAAGUCAGCGAGCUCGAGCACCACCAGCUCACGUGCAUUCUUCCCACGCGCCACACCCCUCGAGCGUGCCAUCCCUGCACGCUCUGCCGUCGUUGUCUCCGCCUGGCAUGUCGUCCGUUCAUCCGCACGACAUUGAACCGACAACAUCCAAGGAGGCUGCCGUAUCUAUGCCAUCCGUCCUACCUCACGACAGGCAUAUGUUUUCCAAUCGUUGGCCCGUGCCGUGCGCGUGCAGCCAUUGUAUGAUAGACUCGAUGCGAGUGUCUUACUCGACUUUAGCAGCUAAAUACCCCAGUUCUAUGGCUAAUUCAACGAUGUAUAGGAAAUGAUACAACAGUGUAACACGGAAAGACCGGAAACAUCAGUGACACUUGUAUGACAACAAAAGACUAUAUCUUCCAGUGAUAAAACGAUAUUGAUGGCUAUUGAACUGCAGCAAUGGAUAAAGGACGGAUACUUGUAAUCUGUGUCUCAAGGACAGUUAUAGGAAUGGGUGCCUACUACUUCGUAACAGACAAGUGCCUUGCGUGAUACAGAGGUCCUACAUCAGGCCCCUUAGUGACCAUUCCUAUUAGUGUAUAUGUCGCAGUUAGACGUGUGUACGACGACCGGCUUGAUACCUUUGUGGUUUAGACAACACGCCCAUUCCAUUGACACAGGUGUAUGACUAACUUUUAAAAAGUUACAAGAACGAGACACCUCGAACAAACAAUUCCUCAGUUUCCAUUCAAUUUAAAUACCGUAUCCGAAUCAAGUGGAGAUUUGUGUUCAUAACCAAAGAAUGUGUUAAAUAUCAAACGUGUAUUAUCUUUUUCAGUAUAUUUUUUAUGAAUGAACUAUUUGACGUGAACGUUUCAACCUUGUAUAUAUUUGUCUACUGUUAUAAAAUUAUUUUUGUGAAACCUUAUGAUCACGUACGCAAUAAUCUAUUGGUGAAGUGAUAUAUGUUAAAUAAACUUCAUGA